AACCAGUCAGAAAGCAAUUCAAUGUCAAGGUCAGCUCCAGGACACUCGAACGAGCAAAACGACUAGAGUUAGCUUAAUGAAUUCUUGGUCUGAAGUAAACAAUGACUUCAAAAAGACCGCCAACACUACACAGUUGAUGGAUGAAGAGCCAGAAAUUUUCGAUGGAUCUAGUCUCUAUUCACAUUUUUGUAAUGUUUGGCAAAAUUCUCAGACAUCUUUAUCAGAAAUUCCUAUAAAAUAUGGAGAGGCUUGCUACAAAACUGUCCGCAGGUUACCUAAGAUAUUUACGAAACUCUCGCAUCGUAGAGGAUUACCUAAUAUUCGUAGUGUAACAGAAAUGAUCAAUUUGGAACGAAAUACUUGGAGUCUUAUUUCAAAUAUUUAUUUAGAUCGUUUUCAGUGUGAAACAAAGACUGGAACAACUGAAAGCAGUGAUCUAUCUAAUUUUAAUCAUUCGGAAAAGGAAAUAAUCCGUCUACUGUAUGAAAAGGAUAGUGAACUACGUGAAACACAGAUACUGAUUGAUUGGCUAGAACUUUUGGUUCGUGAACAAAUUGAAGAAGUUGCCGAAAGAUAUGAAUGCCUUUUUAAUCAAACAACAGCUUGGGAGAACACAGCACACUUAUUGAAUUACCUUCCGAAAUCAGAACUUACAAAGCGCCGUUUAAUCAAAGAAUUGCAUCCAGAUGUGGUAACGCUUACUGGCAAUGAACUGGAUCAAAAAGAUCAAAUCGAUGAUGAUCGAUAUGUGAAUUAUUUAUUUUUAUGCCUUCGUGGUGGAGAUCUUCAUCGUGCUCAACUGUUGUGUACACAACGUGGUGAAUAUUGGCGAGCUAUUUCCCUGGAAGGUUGGCGUCCAUUCCAUUAUUCUGGAUUUAUUGAAAGUGAAUCCAAAGAAAUGGAGAAAGCAUUUAAUGAAGAUGAAGAACUCGGUGAAUCUGGACCAUUUUAUAUGAAGUUAACUGUUGAAGGCAAUCCAACAAGAAUUUUGUAUAAAUCUGUAUGUUGGUGGAAUUCUGAAAAUGUAGAAUUACGUUCAUUUGAACGGGCUAUCUAUGCAACACUCUCAGGGAAUCUGGAUGUACUAACACAAAUUUUACCGGCUUCAUGGACUGAUCAAACAUGGGCACAUUGUCGAGCACUAGUUGAAGCACGUGUUGAUUCGAGUCUACGUAGUUUAUUGAAUACUGGUCCUAGAGCUGAUACCUUAGCAGUAACAGGUAAAACAACAAAACACUGGCCAUUGGAUGGUGGUUUAACUCUACCCGAUUCAGCAUGGACUCCUGGUGAUUGGACACUAUCCGAUGCAUUUGCACGUGUUGAUGCACGUCUUGGUUGGUCAGCUAUUGGUUGUCUAGAAAAGUGUAGUAGUAAUAGUAGUAGUAAUCUACGUAUGCAAACGGUGAUCCGGUCUGCAGUGAAUGAUUUCUUGAUGGAUGAUACUUCCUGCCUGUAUACAAAUGAUGAUGGUUUUCGUAAUGCGAACGCUAACAACAAUGGCAGUGAUAUACAAUCGCCUUCAGUCUAUGCAAUUGUCUAUUGUAUAUUCUAUGCUGUACAACAGACUGUUAUGUUAAGAAAUUAUGAUUCCUUUUUGGCAACUUUAGCAAAUAUUAUGCCAAAAUUAGUAUGUUAUGGCCUAGGCGAUGGAGUGGUUCCCGAAAUCGGUCCUAUACAACCACCAGAUUUCAGCCGAGUUGGCAAUAUCGAUCAAGUGGUUUGUCAUACACUUCGAUUUUUAACACAUUUUGUCCUAUUCUUGAAAUCUGCAGAAUCCGAUAUUCAGGAUGUUGCGUGUUCCGAAAUUAUCAAAGCUUAUCUGUGCUUUCUAAUGGUCAUUAAAAAUGCCGAUUUAGUAGCUUAUUACACUUCUGCAUUGCAUAAUGAAUCAUUACGAAUUCAGUGGUAUUCAUGGUUUUCAGCAGAAACCAUCCAACCGUCUGAACGUGAACAUUGUCUUUCAUUGGCUGUAACCUAUGGAUUUGAUAUAGUCAAAUUAACUAGAUCUAUUGUUAAACUGUUAAGACAACGUAUGAAUUUACCAGGGGAACAACAAUACGCACAUAUAAUUAGUUCAUUACGUAAUAUGUCGAGUGAAUACUUCACAGGAUUAUUAGAUGGUGAUAUUGAUAAUAAAAAUGAUGGUGGAGAAAUUGGAAGAUUAAGUGAUAUUGAUAAACAACGAAUUAUUUCACUGGAUUGGCUGUUUUAUAAUCCAUCACAACGCGGAGAAGCUCUAUGCGUGGCUAAUAGUCUUUUAAGACUUUUUAUUACGUUUCGUUCGCUUAAUGCAGCUAAAAAGGUUAUCUCCAAACUACCCACUGGGACAUUAGAGCAAGCGAAAGUGAUUUGUGAAAAAUCAGGCUCUCCAGCCUCACUUGUCAAUACAAUUCGUGAAUUUGAAUGUUAUGUCUUGUAUUUAGAAGGUCGAGAGGCAUUUGCAGACUGGUAUGAGCAAGUUCACACAAAACGACCGACAAAACCAUCUGCAUUAACCACAGCCGCCGCAAGCAAUUUAACACAUACUACUUAUGGUCCUCGGGGCUUGGCUCAACGUCUUGCACUUGAAGAAUCGAAAAAGGAGUAUUUGGCUCGGUUAGAACGCUGGCGAUAUGAUACACGUUUAGAUACACAAAAUGCAGCCGAGAAAUUGAUAGCACUGUUAACUUAUCCAAAACCUGGUUGGUUGAUUGAUAUAAGCCAAGCUGAAAAUAGUCAAUCACAAGCCUCAACAGCUAUUACACCUCCGACAACUGAGGAUAAUAAUAAUAAUAAUAAUAACGACAACAAUAACAAUAAUAUUAGAGAAGAACAACAACCUGAUUUAUAUGAGAUGAAGCAUGCUGAAGUCAAAGUUGAAUCUGACGUUGUUGCCGGAGAAGACAAGGAAACAGUGGCGGCGGGAGAUGAAGAAGAUAUUUUCAGUGGACUAGGUGAAAGUUGUGCAACACGUCAGCUACAAAUGAGUAUUCUACGAGAGGCGUGUUUAUCAGAGACAGUAUUUUUAAUUUUACGCUUAUAUCAAACAGCUGGAUUACAUCAAAAGUGUAUAGAAUUGUCUAAUUUAAUUGCUGAUAAUGAACAUGGUUUAUUCAAGCUACUCUCUGUAGAUCAACUUAAAAGUCUGCUUCAUCAUAUCUGUCAAUCAAUACAACAUUUUAUUGAUAAUGAACUAGAUCCGCUUGGUUAUUCAUCAGCUGCCAAAUGAUGACGACAGACAUCUGCUAGACAUCUUCUGUAUAAGAAAAAAAAUAAAAGGAAAGCAAAUCUUAAAGUUUGUGCUCCAUUCCCAUCAAAAAGGGCUAUUUUUCUGGCAUUUAACAACUAUUGAACAUUGAAUGCCCGCGCAUUUUCCCCUGUUUGUUUUAAUCAGGCUGUUUGUUUAAGCGCGUCAAUCAAUUGUUUGUUUUGUUACAAUGCUUUAUGUAAAAUAAAGUGUAAAAUAUGUAUUAUAUAUUUUUUUUAGAUAAUAAUUGUUUUGAAAAUCAGAGAAAAUACGUGUGAAAUUUUGAUUUGUGUCUCCUUUCCGUUUUCUUCCUCUUUAUGUUUCUCCUGAUGAAUGUGUUGUUUGGUUGAUGAUUAGUUUGGAGUAGUGUAUUAUCACUUAUUUUUCAAUUGUUUAUUUAUUUAUUUAUUUGUGGCUUCAUUAAACAGACAAGACUUUCAGCCACUAGUAGGUGGGCUAAGGGUUCGAAUCCUACUCCACAUUAACUCAGAGACCUGCAUAGCGGAGAAGGAGGGAGAUAACACUCCGUAGUUUUAUGACACAAGCAGUGGUGUGACAUUUAGCUAGGGCUACUGCAAAUUUCAGCAUCUAGGGGUACUUGUGUUCAUUUUGUUUUAAUCCAUGAAGUGACACGUUGUUUACUCUCGCGGAUAUUUAAAGUAUCUUUGAAAAACAUCAUGGUAGGUGGUAAGGGUUGACCUUCCCCAAGAUUAUCAGUAGCAACUGCUCUUCCCUGGAAUUCUUCAUCAUUCAGUUAUCUCCCUUGUGUGGCAGAAUGUGCUCAUGCACGCAUUUUUAAUUGGCUUUCAACCUUACUGUGUUGUGCAUUGCUUGAAGGAGACGAAGGAGUGUGUUUUUGCGCUCCAGGUCGAACCUCAUUACGUCAUGUACUGUACUAUUAUUAAGUAUUAUUUUCUCCUUGAAGAUCGUGGAUGAAGAGAGAGAAAAUUAUGCAGUAAAUCCUGCUGAGAGUCGGCUCUUUAUGUAAACAUUAUCUAGAGUAAAUUGUUUCCUAUUUUUGAAACACAGACUUGUUGCAUUAUGAGGACCAACAGAUGCCCCACACAAAAUCUCCCAGUUACUGAGAAUGCUAGGAUACUACUCAGAUUCCUAGAUCGAAACAGGUGGGUUUUUUUUAAAGGCCGCCUUUUUAUAUGAGGUCUAAUCCACAAGGCAGUAGAUCGGCGUUUCUAUGGUUAAUGAUUGAGCAAAAAAUGUCCCUACGCCAUUUGAUACUUCUAGAGUCCAAGUGCCAGUUUUCUAAGGUAAAUGAGCAUAUCUAUCAGUCUGGUUGUAAGUGCUAGACACUUGCAUUCUCUCUUUCAUUUUCGUGAGGAUCACUGUAACUGUGUAAGGACAGAAGACAGGAGGACUUACCUGGCAGUCACUGUGAUUUAAAAAAAAAUUCUAUUCCUUUACGUCUCCACUGGAACGCAGGGCUUCGAGCUAAGGCUUGAAGUUUCGGUAGCAGUGGUUUUAUAUUUUUACGGGAUGGGGUUGCCGCUAGCCUCAUGUCCAACCUUCCCUCUUUACCAGUCUUACUAAGGUGUUAGCGAGGUUCAUGAGUGAGUCUGUAAGCGGGGAUCGAAUCCCGGACCAAGUUUGGCAUGGUUGGCGAACAUUCCACCACUGUGCCACCGACACACUGACUCCAGGAAGUAGAAUUGAACUAUCCCAACGCUAAUUGGCUACACUUUUGAAGCCUGCAUGCACCGGAAUCGCUGAGGGUUGUUUUGGCACUGACUAUGAACUAAUCGUAGAUGACUAAAGUAUACAUUCCAUUAGCUAUAUGGCAAGCAUCCAGCAUAAAGAUUUUUUUAUUCUUAUUGAAUCUUGUCCGAACUAGUCACAUCUGAAAAUAAUGUUAUCUUUGUGUUGAUGUUUGAUUGUAUUUUUUCUCUUUUUUAGUGUAGUUUAACAGAAGUAUUAAA